UAUAUAGAAAAUUGGCCUUUUACUAAAAAAAACAUUCAUUCUCAUUCUAUUCUCAUUCUGAGCAAAAAAUUAGUUGAAUUAUUUGAAAUGCGAGGCUUAAUUCUAUUUGUUUUAUUAUGUUGGUACACCGUGAAUGGAAAGGUUUACAAUGCAGAUUACAAGCCCGCAAUGCCUUUAAAACUAAAUCUUACAGAAGAGCAAUUUGCAAAAUUAAAAAAAGAUUUUGACCGGGAUAUUGAAGAGAAUUUAAUUAUGGACACAUACUUGAAAGGUCUAAAGACAAGGAAUAUAACUGACGUUAGAGUGAUGGGUGGCACAGACGCGGUGUUAUCGGAGGCCUUAUAUUUCUGCCAAAUAUUCAACUUUAAUAAGUAUGGUUCAUACACUUUUUGUGGUGGCGCAGCAAUUGCCGAACGUUUUAUUGUUUCUUCCUCACAUUGUUUUAACAAGAAAGACUCACUACAAAAAAUUAAAGUUAGAAUCGGGUCAACGAAGCUAGGAAAAGGCGGCCACAUUGGAAUCAAGAAAAUAAUCACACAUAAUUCAGAAGAUUUGGCACUGCUUUUAACGGAAGAUGAGAUUGAAAGUGGAAACAGAAUUGGUCUGUCGUCUAUAGCAGAGAGACUCGGGGAGAUGGGAACCUUCUUUGGCUUCGGUAUCAAUGGUUUCCUAAACUCUGUACAACUACCAACAACGCUUCAAAAAACAACAAUCGUCGUGAAGGGAGCAAUUGGACACUGGCCCAAUUUGUUUGCUACUUCAGGAAACAUUAAAGGAGACUCCGGGGGAGCUGUUAUUUGGAAGGAAUACCGAAAAAGUGUGAUAGGAGGAAUUUAUUGUGUGCAUGUCCAGAAAAACAACACUUGUAUCUUUCUACGUGCUAAGGAUUUCAAGAUGUGGAUAAAUGAUCAAAUGGCUAUGGCCUUGUGA